AUGGACUCGAGUAGCCUAGCGCGAAAGCUGAGGUCGCUGUGCAUCGCGGGGGAGCUCUCUCGUGCCGUGAGCCUCCUCCACCGGAGCGCCGUGUUCGCCGUCUCGAGCGCCUACGCUCUUCUGCUGCAAGAGUGCGUGAACCGGAGGGACGCGAGGCUCGGCAAGAGGAUCCACGCGCGCAUGGUCUCCACCGGCUUCAGAUGCAGCGACUACAUGGCCACCAAGCUGCUGAUAUUUUAUUCCAAGAUCGGGGAGCUCGGCGUCGCCCGGAACCUGUUCGACGGAAUGCCGCGCAGGGACGUCGUGGCGUGGAACGCGAUGAUAUCCGGGUGCACGCACGGGCGGGAGGAGGCGCAGGCGGUGGACAUGUUCGGCCUGGUGCGGGCUGAGGGGCUGAGGCCGGACCAGUUCACGUUCGCGUCGGUGCUCUGCGCGUGCGCCAGGAUGGCCGCGCUGGACCACGGCCGGCGCGUGCACGGCGUCAUGGUCAAGUCCGCCGUCGCCGCCGUCAACGUGUUCGCCAACAGCGCGCUCGUCGACAUGUACCUCAAGUGCAGCAGCGCCGAGGACGCGCGCCGGGCGUUCGCGGCCGCGCCGGAGCGGAACGUCACCAUGUGGACCGCGCUCAUCUCCGGGCACGGCCAGCACGGCCACGUGCGCGAGGCGCUGGCGCUCUUCGGCGAGAUGACGCGCGACGGGUUCCGGCCGAACGACGUGACGUUCCUCGCUGUGCUCUCGGCCUGCGCGCACGGCGGGCUCGUCGAUGAGGGUCUGAUGCACUUCUCGUCCAUGCCGUCGGACUACGGGCUCACCCCAAAGGGCGCGCACUACGCGGCGGUGGUCGACAUGCUCGCCAGGGUCGGCAGGCUCCGCGAAGCCUACGAGCUUGUCAAGAACCUGCCGGACUGCCAGGAGCACUCGGUGGUCUGGGGCGCGCUGCUGGGCGCCUGCAGGAAGCACGGCGACGUGGGGCUGGUCGAGCUUGCCGCGCAGCGCUUCUUUCGGCUGCAGCCGGGGAAUGCCGGCAAGUACGUCGUCCUCGCGAACACGUACGCUGCCUGCGACAUGUGGGACAGCGUGGCCGGUAUGCACGAGUCCAUGAAGUCGCUGGGCAUUCGGAAGGACCCUGCUUGGAGCGCCGUCGAAGUCCAGGGGAAGAAGCACGUCUUCCUCGCCAGAGACACAUACCACGACGAGAGUUGGGAGAUAUAUGAAGCCUGCAAUGCCUUGGCCCGCUCGAUCAACGAGCACUCCUUGCGAGUGUGA